AUGAAUCAUCAACCGGCCAUGACAUGGCCAGAACAGAUUCAUCAGAAUCCGCUCAUCACGGCACCCGGCGACGAUGAAUUCUCCAAUUUUCUCGAGUUCAAUAUGCAAUUCACCGAUCUCGAUGGGCACGGACCAUCUCAGCACUUGCAGGACCAGCAACAUUCCAUCAUGCCGCCGACUACGACAACCACCACCACAGCCGCUACCGCCGACCAGGCCAUGAUCGCGGAUCCGCGGUCGCACUCUCAAUUCACAUCGCCAAUGGAGGGUCUCGCGAUGGAAUUCAGCGGUCACUCGUCCCUGCAGUCCGCCAUGCAGCAACAGUCCGUCUCGCAGCAGCCGGGCCCCAUCUCAUAUUCCACGCCCGCCAUGACUCCGGGAUUCUGCGCCCAGGAUACAUCCGCCCAUCACCAGCAGUCGCAGAUGAUGUCGCAGUCCCUUGACCCCCAACAGCAACAGUCGGGUCAUGCCACACAACAUUACAUGCAGCAAAAUCCGCAGAUGAUUCCCCCCACACCAAAUAGCAUGGAGUUGCACGGUGGUGCCGCCCGAUACCCACAGCGAGUCGAUGAUCAUGCCGACAUGUAUGAUCGCUACGCGCGGAUCAAUGAGGAACAGGCCCUUUAUACUCCCCUAGUCUCUCCCGCCAUGACUCCUCUUGAAAGUCAAUUCCGACUGCCCGAAUACACCAUUCCCGGCGAAUACUUUACUCCGUUGACCUCUCCGGCUUUGGAGGCGCAACAUCCACACAGUUCGACGAGCGGCUUCCCAUUCCAUGCACGACAAGUGUCGGAUGUGGGUUUCGUGCCCACCACCACCGAGGUCAAUCCCCUUUCGGGGGCCUCUGCGCCCUCUUCGCCGAGCAUCCUUCGCAAAACGCGGCGACGACCCUCGGCGGCCUCGUCUCGAUUGGCGGGUCGCGCCAGUAAAUCUCGCCAGUCCCCACAUAUCCGGGCUCAGACGGCUCAGUCGCAGCGCAUGCGAGGGAAACCGCUCGCCCCCAACUCGGAGGAAUUGUAUGGCCACAUGGCGUCGGAGAUGAGCAAGCCCCCCAAUCACGAUGUGCGCUCGCUGCAAGAAAGUAGCAAUGAAGGAUCGGGCCAGGACUCGGUCUCUCCCGAACCCUUGCCUGAUUCCCUGAUGCCCCCUCCGGCCAUUCCUCCUCCCCGCAAAUCGCCCGCUAUCCUUCCCCAACUUCAACCACAGUUGCAGUCACAGUCGCAGCAGCAGCAACAGCAACAACAAAAACCCCUCGUCGGGGCAGCCGCGACACCCGCUACGCUGAUGCGUCUCCAGCGAUCUCAGCAUGCGCAAGAAUCUUCGGAUCAGGUCAUGGGCCAGGCUCAGUUGGAGGUUCCCGAUGAGAUCAUGGAGGACAUUUCUCUGCCCGAGGCGGCGCAGGCCAGGCCCAAGGUUGCUCGUAUCGAUACCGCAGUGCGCACGACCGCUAGUCCCAGCAUAUCUGCCCAUGGAACUCCUUCUAUUGAGCCUCGGUCCAAUCCCACGGCAGACCGGACGCCCUUGUCGGUGGCGCCGAGUCCCCGCACUCUUGCCAUGCCUUCCCCCAGUGGUCCCGUUCCCAAAAGGUCGGAUCCUUCUCGAGCUUCCAUAUCCGGUCGCAAGCGACCCAGCGUAAGCUCGACACAUGCCAGUCCCUUGUUGCGUCCCAAGAUCAGCCCGAGCAUUCAGCCACUGAUGCGCGGGAGCGAUGGUCUGUCGCAAGAUGCACUGUAUCUGGCUUCCAAGUCGAAUUAUCAACACAUUCUGGAUGGUACGCUUCCCUCGGGGGUCUCGUAUCCCGAAACCCUGGCAGAGAAUCUCAGCUCCAAGCGAACCAACCACAAACUGGCCGAGCAAGGUCGUCGGAACCGGAUCAACAACGCUCUGAAAGAGAUCGAGUCUCUCAUCCCCCCCGAGUUUAUUCAAAUGCGCCAGGCCAAGGAGGCCGCCAUGUCGGGGGGGAUCAAGCCCGGCGAGAAGGACAAAGAGAAACCUGCCAAUCAAGCUAUUAGCAAAGCCAGUGCCGUGGAGAUGGCAAUUGACUACAUCAAGGCGUUGAAGAAGACCCUCGAGGAAACAUCCUCAAAGCUGGUGACCGCCGAAUCGAAAUUGGCUGGAGUCAACCAGGACGAUACACCGACCAGCUCCUCGCCGGCUCUCACCGUGGUGGACAAGACCAGCCCGGCAGGCGUGACGACGGAGACAACGACGACCACACAUACGCAGACCACCACGGUCACAGCCACGGCCAAUGGAACUGACUCGGAAUCGACCGACACGAACUCAUCAUGA